CUUCCCCUCCAUCCCCACCCUAGGAGACGAUUAGCUCCCUCCCCGCGCUCGCCUCUUCCACCCGCUGCCUCGCGCCGCGCCGUCUUCGGGGUCUCCUUCACCGGGCGGCGGCAGAUCCGGCGACGGGCAGAUCCGGCGGCGGCGGCGGCGGCUGUUUACGAGGGAUCGGCGGCGGCGCCGACCGGGAGGCUGGUCGGCAGGAGCUCCUGUCGGGGCUUCGUUUGGUUGGCGCACGGGGGGACGGGGAGGUGGGAGAGGGGAGUCAGUGUAUGGGGGGAUGAAGCGCGCCAGGGACGACGCGCUCAUGGGCUCGCAACUCAAGCGCCCCAACGUCGGUCGAUCCGAUCCGACCCCGCAGCCGCAGCACAUGCCUCUUGGGGGGUCGGCCUCGGCUGCAGCGCCGCCACCUCAGGCGGCCGCUGCUCCGCCUGCUCAGCCGCCCACUGCUGCUGCAGCGGCUGGCCAGAAGCUCACAACGAACGAUGCGCUCGUCUACCUCAAGGCCGUCAAGGAUAAGUUCCAGGACAAGAGGGAGAAAUACGAGGAGUUCCUCGAGGUCAUGCGCGAUUUCAAGAGUGAGAGAAUUGAUACCAAUGGAGUCAUUAUCCGUGUGAAGACACUGUUCAACGGGUACCCUGAGCUGAUCCUUGGGUUCAAUACCUUCUUGCCCAAGGGUUAUGCAAUCAAACUGCAGGAGGAGAAGAAGCCUGUUGAUUUCGUGGAAGCCAUUAAUUUCGUAAACAAGAUAAAGAAUCGGUUCCAGCAUGAUGAACAUGUCUAUAAGGCAUUCUUAGACAUCCUCAACAUGUACCGCAAGGACAAUAAAUCCAUCCAAGAUGUUUACCAUGAGGUUGCUGUAUUGUUUGCAGACCACAAAGAUUUACUCGAAGAGUUCCAGCACUUUUUGCCUGAUACCUCCGUGCCUCCACAAGCAGUGGUCUCUUCAAGGGUUCCUUUACUUAGGCGCGAUGGGCCCUCUUCGAUGGCACCUGGUAGUAGGAACCUUCACAACGAAAAGAGGGAAAGGCCUCAUCCAUCACAUCCUGAACGUGACUUAAGUGUUGAUCGUCCUGAUCUGGACCAUGAUCGCCAGCGAAGACGCCUUGAGAAGGAAAAAGAACGUAAGGCAGACAGGGAUAGGCGCGAUUAUGAAAGAGACGAUAAGGAUGGUGAACAUGACAGCAAAGAUCUUGAUAUAGGACGUAAGCGCAAGCCUUUUCCAAGGAAGAUGGAGGACCCUACUAAUGCUGAUGCACACCAUGGAGUGUCUCUGGAAAAUCAUGGAAUACUUGGUGCAUCUGCUUCAUCAUAUGAUAAUAAAGAUGCACUUAAGAGUGUAUACACUCAGGAGUUCCAUUUCUGCGAAAAAGUGAAGGAGAAGCUGGAGCAUGAUGCUUACCAGGAGUUUUUGAAAUGCCUUCACAUAUACAGCCAGGAAAUUAUUACUAGGAGUGAAUUGAAGAACUUGGUGAAUGAUAUUCUUCAGCAGCAUCCAGAUCUUAUGGAUGGGUUUAAUGAAUUCUUAGAGCACUGUGAGAAUAUAGAUGGUUUUCUGGCUGGUGUCUUCAAUAAAAGGCAAACUGGACGAAUUGUUAAAACUGAGGAUAAAGAAAGAGACAAAGAGCGAGAGAGGGAGGAUAGGGACAGAGAGCGGGACAAGGAAAGAGAAAAGGAACAACGGGAAAGAAUUGAGAAGGGAUCAUCAUAUAAGGAAGUUGCUAGUCAGAAACCUGUGUUCUCUAGCAAAGAAAAGUAUAACAUAUACAAACCUGUAUCAGAGCUUGAUCUUUCAAACUGUCAGCGGUGCACUCCAAGCUACCGACUUCUACCUAAACAUUACCCAAUGCCUCCCGCAGGAAAUAAGACUGAUCUUGGAGCUUCAGUGCUUAACGAUCACUGGGUAUCAGUGACAUCAGGAAGUGAAGAUUAUUCUUUUAAGCACAUGAGAAAGAAUCAAUACGAAGAGAGUUUAUUUAGAUGUGAAGAUGACAGAUUUGAGUUGGACAUGCUAUUGGAAUCAGUUAAUGCAGCAACCAAGCGUGUUGAAGAGUUGAUAGAAAAGAUGCAAGACAACUCCCUAAAACCAGAUAGCCCAAUUCGCAUUGACGAGCAUUUAACUCCGUUGAAUCUGAGGUGCAUUGAACGGUUAUAUGGUGACCAUGGUCUGGAUGUGAUGGAUGUCCUUCGAAAGAAUGCGAGUGUUGCCCUACCCGUCAUAUUAACUAGGCUUAAACAGAAGCAGGAAGAAUGGUCAAGGUGCCGAUCAGAUUUCAACAAGGUUUGGGCGGAGAUCUAUGCCAAAAAUUAUCACAAGUCCCUUGACCACCGCAGUUUCUAUUUCAAACAGCAAGAUACAAAGAACCUGAGCACAAAAUCUCUAUUGAUUGAGAUCAAAGAAAUUAAUGAGAAGAAAAGAAAGGAAGAUGAUGUGCUCCUUGCUAUUGCUGCUGGAAAUAGACGUCCAAUAGUUCCCAAUAUGUCGUUCGACUACGUAGAUUCAAACAUACAUGAAGAUAUGUAUAAGAUCAUCAAGUACUCCUGUGGUGAAGUCUGCGGUUCCUCAGACCAACUGGACAAAGUGAUGAGAAUGUGGACAACUUUUCUGGAGCCAAUUUUGGGUGUACAGCCUCGAACACAUGGUGCCGAGGAUGCAGAUGCAGUCAAAUCCAAGAGUCGAACCACAAAGUCUGGUCUUGCAAUUGUUGGUGAAAUCAAUGCUACUGCAUCAGGGGCUGUUGCCAAGCAAGGCCAUGAUGAAAGCGUUCCACAGGAACAAACACCAUCAACUCCAGCUAGAUUGGUGAAUGGUGUAGCAACAGAUACUCAAAAUGGUUUCCAUGAUGCUGAUCGAACUGCUCGUAGGGCUGAGGAACCAUCAAAUACUGCCAUAAAUGGAAGAGCACAAGGUGCUUCCCCUGGAACUAAUGAAAUACCUGCUGUUAAUGCCCAAAACAUGUCUACUGAGAGAUCUGCAGAGAACAUUCCUGUUGCUAGGACUGAACAGCAUGGCAAUACUAAGGCAAAUCUGGAGCCGACAUCGGGUGUGAAUGCUUCAAGAAGUUCUCAUGCUGGGAACGAUGCAGCUGCUGAAGCUCGGGCAGGAAAUGAAACAUUACCAUCUGUAGAGGGCGGAGAAACCGGGAGGUCAGGAUCAACUUUAAAUGGCGGAGGAACAAGUGAGGGUAACAAAGGGCGCCUAUUUAAUGAAGCUUCUGCAUCCCACAAUACCCAAAAAGUUGAAAGAGAAGAGGGUGAAUUAUCUCCUAAUGGAGAUUUUGAAGAGGACAAUUUUGUGCCUUUUGAAGAUGGGGCUGUAGAUGGAGUACCUAAAACAAAGGAAGGUUCCACAAGCAGGCCAUUCCAGGGUAGGCCUGGAGAAGCUCAACCAUCUUGUGUUGAAGCAGCUGGUGAGAAUGAUGCUGAUGCUGAUGACGAGGGUGAGGAAAGCGCACAAAGGUCUACUGAGGACAGUGAAAAUGCCUCCGAGGCUGGUGAAGAUGCAUCAGGAAGUGAAUCCGGUGAUGGUGAGGAGUGUUCUCGUGAAGAUCACGAUGAGGAAGAGGAAGAUAUGGAUCAUGAUGAUCAUGAUGCCAAGGCUGAAAGUGAGGGCGAGGCAGAAGGAACAACUGAGACACAUGAGGUGGAAGGAGUAUCACUGCCACUAUCGGAACGCUUUCUAUACUCCGUAAAACCACUUGCCAAGCAUGUGCCCACUGCUUUACAUGACCGAGAUGAAAAGCCCUCGCGUAUAUUUUAUGGGAAUGAUUCAUUUUAUGUACUGUUUAGGCUGCAUCAGAUCUUGUAUGAAAGAUUACUUUCAGCUAAGACAAACUCAUCUAGUGCUGAAAAGAAAUGGAGAACUUCUAAGGAUACAAACCCACCUGACCUAUAUGCAAAGUUUAUAACUGCACUUUACAACUUGCUUGAUGGUUCUUCGGACAAUACCAAGUUUGAGGAUGAUUGCCGUUCUAUUAUUGGGACUCAGUCCUAUGUUCUGUUUACUUUGGAUAAACUGAUAUAUAAAGUUGUGAAGCAGCUUCAAGCUAUUGCCACAGAUGAAAUGGACAACAAGCUUCUCCAGCUUUAUUUAUAUGAAAAGUCAAGAUCCCCUGGGAGGUUCUUUGAUCUGGUCUAUCAUGAAAAUGCCCGCGUUCUCCUCCAUGAAGAGAGCAUAUACCGGUUUGAAUGUUGCUCAAAUCCUACAAAGUUGUCUAUUCAGCUGAUGGAAUAUGGUCAUGAAAAGCCUGAAGUAACUGCGGUAUCAAUUGAUCCCAAUUUCUCAUCAUAUCUUUUUAAUGAGUAUCUGUCAAGUAUGUCAGGCAGCAAAUUGUCUGAGGGUGUCUUCCUUGAAAGAAAUAAACGGAAGCAUUCAAAUAACGACGAGCCUUCAGAUUCAUUGAAGGCCAUGGAUGGUGUCAAAGUCGCUAAUGGCCUUGAAUGCAAGAUAUCCUGCAAGACUUCUAAGGUCUCAUAUGUCCUUGACACUGAAGAUUUUUUGUUUCGAUUAAGAAAGAGGAGGAGACUUUCACCUGUUGGAAAUGUACCUGAGAAGUUGCAGGUUUCAAAAACAUAUGCUGCAAAAGUGCAGCGCUUCCAUAGAUUUCUGUCCAAACCUUAGCGUGAUCGGCAAAAGAAAAAUGGUAAUUACGCUAGUCCUAGUAUCUAAAUCAGGAGAUGCUGCUGCUGCUGGGGAUCGCGACUGUUUUGCUUCAACAACAGUGAGUGGAGGAUUGAUUGACCCUCGAUCGAUCACUGCCCUUUGGAAUAACUGCUUGCUGGGAGGAGGAUGAUAUUACUAGAUAUUGUUAUAGGGUAAAUACAGGAAGGAAAGUAAUGAAAAGCGAAGCAUGUGUGAGAACCGCAGUCAGCUCCGGUGUGCCGAAAGAUGUGUACAUAUGUAUUAGCAGAAUUAAUGUUGUUUGUUCAGUCAGGCUCAGGUUUACCCAUAUUAAUUGUUUACUGGUCUCUCUCUUUCGGUCGUAGGAGGAUGAUACUCUAUUAACUAAAUCACCAAAUCAUUUGUUGCUGCUGGUAUAGGUCUCUGUUUUUUGACCCACCAUGUUUUUGAUUGAAGAUAUGUAGCCUUCUUUAAAUCUAACGUUGUCAUGAACAGUUAUGUAAUCGGUCGAUGCUUAAUUUCGGUAUUUAGACAGACAGACUUGUAAUACAUACAGUAAUAAUUUUGUUUUUUUAAUAGCUGAUCCGGUAAAUGCAUGUCUACUGCUUCCUCGGUCCCAAAAAAUCUCUA